UUCAACAUGAGCAUUUGCGAGCGCUUGGAUGAAAUCCCUUCUUCCUUCCGUUAAGGAAUUCCGUUAAUUACCCUCCGUUAUUCCGAAACCCGGGCGAUGAGCAAAAGUGAGGUUUGGGUUCUAGACGCUUGUGUCUGGGACUGUAGGACCAAGAGUCUCAAUCUCUUGUUUCUGAGAGAUCUGCGGCAUCAUGCUUUUAGUUUCUUUCUAGAACUGACUAACUUGAUUUAUAAAUUUGCGGCUUAAUUAGAUGUUAAAGAGAGUGAAAGAGAACUGGAAAUAAUCGACGACUUAUUUUAGAUGCUGAGUUUUAAUCUUUUGGCAAUACUAUUUACGACUGCUAUUGAUUACUAUGUUUGAACUGGAUUUUGCGAAAAUUUAAUCGUGUAGUAACUGUUUUAUGUAAUAUUUCGAGCCUAAAAAUGACAGAUAAAAGUCGAAACUUUCGUUCCGCAUAUUAUGACAAAGUUGGAUUCCGUGGUGUAGAAGAGAAAAAAUCGUUAGAAAUUUUAAUAAACGAAAAACCUAUGGAUAAAGCUAAACUAUCAAAAUUUUGUUUGAGGUUUACCCUACCUUCAAUAUAUCGAGAAUACGUAUGGAAAAUCCUUCUAGAUGUAAUUUCUGUGAAUGCAGCAACCCAUGAUUCCAUCAUGAAGACUCGACAACUACAUUAUAUACACCUGAAGCAUUCUCUAGAAAUUAUGCAUAAAAUAAAUGAAGAUACUCCUAUGUCUGUAGUUCAUACUCUGAUGUUUUUGAUGACGAAAGAUAUACUUCUGUUUAAUGAAAAAGAACAGGUGAACAGUUAUAACAUUAUUAAGAAAUGUACUGUCUGUGUAAAGCAAGCAGUUAAUUCCUAAUCUCUUGUAACUCAGUA